AAAACUCCGGCUCUCAUAGCCAAACCUUACCACACGCUAAAACGACGCUUCGGGUGUUUGUUAAAGCGGCGCAGAUUUCGAAAUGGCUCUUAGAAUUACAAGAAAUCGUCUGGCCUCCACCAAGACCGACCUCGGUGGAAAGGCCUGCACGACGAGAGGGCCUACACUAAAACCUCGAGCUGCUCUUGGAGAAAUCGGAAACAUCGCAGUAAACAGAGAAGCUGGGAAGAAGAAUGUCAAGACGGAGGCUACAAAGAAGACUAAAGUUGCUAUCAAAGCUGAGAAGACGGAGGAACCCAAACCAGCCACCACUGUCACUGUUAAACCUGUCCCUGAUGAGGUGCAGUUGCAGGCUCAACCUGAACCAACAUCCCCCACUCCAAUGGAGACCUCAGGCUGUGAGCCUGCUGAUCUAUGCCAAGCAUUUUCAGACGUCAUACUAACCACUGCCAUCAGGGAUGUUGAUGCAGAUGACUAUGAGAACCCAAUGCUCUGCAGUGAAUAUGUGAAGGAUAUUUACAAGUAUCUCCGUCAGCUUGAGGUCGAGCAGAACGUCAGACCGAACUAUCUGCAGGGUCAAGAGAUCACUGGUAACAUGAGGGCUAUUCUCAUUGACUGGCUGGUACAAGUGAGCAUUAAGUUCCGCCUGCUGCAGGAGACCAUGUACAUGACCGUAGGAUUAAUCGAUCGCUUUCUUCAGGACCACCCAGUCCCCAAGAAGCAGCUGCAGCUGGUUGGAGUGACCGCCAUGUUUCUUGCCUCAAAAUAUGAAGAGAUGUAUCCUCCAGAGAUCUCCGACUUCGCCUAUGUGACGGACAAGGCCUACACCACCGCCCAAAUCAGAGACAUGGAGAUGACGAUUCUGCGGGUGCUGAAGUUUCAGCUCGGCCGUCCUCUUCCUCUGCAGUUCCUCAGAAGGGCCUCAAAGAUUUAUGAGGUAACUGCUGAGCAACACACCCUGGCAAAAUACCUCCUGGAGCUGACCAUGGUGGACUACGAGAUGAUUCAUUUCCCCCCUUCUAUGGUGGCAAGUGCUGCUUUAGCGCUUGCCCUCAAGGUCUUGGAUGUCGGUGAAUGGGAUGUGACGCUGCAACACUACAUGGACUACACAGCAGAGAGUUUGAUUCCUGUUAUGGUGCACAUUGCCAAGAAUGUCGUUAAAGUCAACGAUCAACAGACCAAGCAUAUGGCCAUCAAAGGGAAGUACUCCACCUCAAAGCAGAUGAGGAUUGCCAACAUCGCUCAGCUCAAAUCACCAUUGGUUAAGGAUCUUGCAAACGGGCUCACCCAGUGAGACGGACAAUCUCUGGCACCAUGUGCCCAUUUGUACAAAUGUAUCUUAACUUUUUUUUUCUUUUUAAAUGUGGUUUCGGGGAGGGGUGGUCUGUUGGUGGCUUGCAUGUUUUAAUAAAAUGCAUAUGUAUAGGCUUUUAAA